GUUUGCCAAGAAUGCACAAAACUCACGCUUACUGCGCACAAUACCUCCACCACCCCGCGCACAUUAGCCCGCACCCAUCUCCAAUUAAACCCGAAACCAAAUAAAUCACACAUCGCUCCUCCUCUUCCCGGCGAUUUUCCCAUAACCAAAUCAACAAAACACAGGCUACCCAAACCCUUCUUCUUCUUUCUUCUUCUUCUCUCUCUUUCUUUCUCUCUCUCUUAUCUCCAAAUAUUUUCUCUCCAAACACCCAUUUUGCGCAUGAAAGGUAAGUUAUGGCGAUGGGGACAGGGAGAUCGUCCAAGGCGCUUCACAAUUUUACGAUGCCCUUCGAGCUCCGGUGGGGGAACCAAAAACAGAUGCGCUGCACCAAGGUCAACUCCAGCGGCCACAACCCCCCUCCCCGCCGAUUUUCGCCGCACGAUUCGCAUCGCCGCCGCCGCCGCGAGGAUUCCGUCCAACACCCCCGCGUCGGCUCGGGGGAGGAAAGGGGAAGAGAGAGUGGCUCGCCGUCCGAUUUUGCGCGUGGAUCUUACAAAUCGAGUCGCUCUCCGCCGCACCUGGCGCCUGGUGGCGACAGGAGAUUCAGCGACGGCGGUGACGAUGGGAUCUCAGCCGUGAGGGAGAAACUGAUGUUCGAUCUCCAGACCGCCGCGGAGAGGAUGAAGGACGCUGUUUUCAGGGAUGGUUUUGUGAAAGGCGAAGCCUCCUCCUCUCCUCCGCCGCCGCCGCCGCUUCCGGCGACCCCAAUGGAAGUUGAGAUUCACAGGCCGUGGAAUCUGAGAACGAGGCGAGCCGCUUGCAAAACGCCAGCGGCCACGUCCGACGCAUCUCUGAACGCCGCCGCCACCACCGCUUCCGGCGAAACGAAAGAAGGUCCGGCCGGAGAGAAAGAUUUGGUAGCUGCGCUGAAACUAAGGUCAGGAUCUUCCGAGAUGAAGGUGGGCGAGUCACCGGCGACGGCCGACAGGUUUCUGAGGAUGAGGAGCGGCGGCCCGUCGGCGAUCGGCAAGAAGGGGGAUCGCCGGAGGUUUGCGGUGGCGCUGUCGAAAGCAGAAAUCGAAGAGGAUUUCUACGGGAUAGUGGGUCACCGGCCGGCGCGGAGGCCCAAAAAGAGGGCAAGAAUUGUUCAGAGACAAUUGGAUACAUUGUUUCCUGGGCUGUGGUUGAAAGAGGUUACUGCCGAUAUGUACAAAAUCGAUGAAGCUGCUCCAUGACAAAAAAUAUCAAAAAAUGGUGAAAUUUGCGGGCCUUCUCGAUUUAAAGGGGUCUCUUAUUCUUUAUCACAAAAGGUGGUUAGUUUAAAAUGUAUCAUUAGACUUUGGAUUGUUUAGAUUAGAAAGAAAUUAUGGAAUGCUGAUUUUUAUGUUGUUUUCCAGAAUAAGUGCUCGAUUCUUGUUUUUUAUCGUAGAAAGUAUUUCAACGAAAUUAUUCGAUUUUAAAUGUAGGUUUCGUGGAGGUUUGUUUGCCUCUUCCUUGUAUGCAAAAUGCAAUAAUAAUUUUAUAAAUGCAUUUUUUUCA